CAUGUAUUUGAUAUUGAAGGCACACUGCGCUAUCCCUGUCCGCUCACCUAGUAAUGAUCCCAACAGAAAAAGUAGACAUCUUUAUACGGAAUACCUUAAAUCAAAUUCACGCACUUGACGACAUCACAUCCAUUAAUUACUGGUCGGAUGGGACUGAUGCAGGCCAGGAGGGCCAAUGGAAAUGGGCAUCAUCCGGUACACCAAUAGGCUAUACCAACUGGGCUCCAUUGGAACCUAGUCAUGCACCAGAGGACUGUUUGGCAAUCUGCGGUGUCAAAGGAUUCAAAUGGAAUGAUGACAUUUGUGUUAGAACACAUCCUUUCAUUUGUGAACGAAAUAGAAAAUUGCCGGUACCCGACCUGUAAAACACCGUCGCCAGACCAUGACAUGACGCAGUGAUGUGCAACUACAAAUGACAACAGGAAUAGUUGGUUGCUGACCCAGUAUUGAACCGAAAUAUAAUCUAUUCACAACGGAACAUACGGCAAACCAAUCCUUGUUAUCUUUUAUUUUAUUUAUUCUAUUUAUUAUUGUGUAUUGAUUGACCGUUAAAGAUGUAAUAAUAACAAGCCCGACAGACGUGACACGUACGGGCAAUGUCAUCAUUUAUAGUAUCGCAAUAUAUGGAAACAUAGCACACAGCCGUAGGACCUGUGGGCAAUGGUUACAUGUUGUAGAUAGUACGGGGCAUCAGUGUCGGGAAAUUCUGCAAAAGUCAGAAUAAAGGCCUUCAUCUCGUC